AUGUCAUCAGAACAAGCAUUAUUUCAAGAAAUAAGAUGCUUAAAAGAUAAGUUGGCCUCUAAAAAUGAAGCAAUAUGUAAACUCAAUGAAAAACUGGUAGCUUAUGAUGAACUCGUGAUCAAGAAUAGUGACCUACAAACAGAAUUUGACAAAUUGAAACAAUGGGUAGAGCAUAUUGCUAAAACUGAAAAUAAAACCACAGAAGAUAUGUUAAAAGAUUUAGAACUCCAAAAACAAAAAUUAUGUGAGUCAAAAUUAUCAGAGUCCAAGCUACAAACAGAAAUAAAAAAAUUACACGAAGACAUUGAAUCUAUGAAAGAACAAAUAAAUAAUCUAAAAAAAAUCGAACAGAAAUACUGCAUGGAAAUUGAAGAUCUGGAAACAUGUAAAAAUCGUGUACUAAACGAUUUGAGUAAUACCAAAGUAAUAAUAGAGUACUGUGAAUAUUAAAUAUUUUAUAACAUAAUUAUAUCAAUGUCUGGAGAUUUUAUAAUAAUUUGAUAUCUCCAGCUAAGCGUUAACUGAUUACCCAAAGAUUAAACAGCCUACACACUGAAAGAAAUGUAUUUUUUAGGCUAAAAACUUCGAAAAAAUGAGACUCUGCCUCCGUAAAAUAAGUACACAUUUAAAUAUAAUCCUGAAUUUUAGAUAGAAACUUCCUUAACUUUACAAAACCAGUAAAAAUAACAUAAUAAUAUAGUAAGGUCCAUAAUAAUUUUUAUGAUAACAUUCUUUAGUUUUGAAUACAUUUUUCUUUUUUUUUUUAAUGAAGCGAUUUAAGAUUUUAACGGUAGUUUAUGAAUUUUUUUAUACCUAUACCAUAAUUGGAUAAACAAAUGUAUAUAUUAAAAGUAUAUAAGUAAAAUAAUAUAAAUAAUCCCUAAAUAAAUUUUAAUAAUUAUAUAUAUAUAUAUAAUAAGUAUACCAAUAUUACACAUGAAAACAAAUGUAUUAUCAUUAUUAAAAAUGACAAAAUAAAAAAUUAAAAUUAAAUGAUUUUUAUUGUAAUAAACAGAGCAAGUACUUUUAUGUACUAAAAAAAUAAUCAAAUAUGCACUUAUGCAUCAAAAAAUAAAAAUAAUAUGUGGUUACAAAAUAUACAAUAAAAAAAAAUUACACACCUAUAUUACGCUAAAAUAUAUCAUUUUUUCUUAAAAUAUUCGAUUAAUAUAAUAGAAUUAUUUAUUAAGCUAAUAUAUUAGUUAAAUAUACGCUAAAAAGAAAAAAAAGCUAAAUAUUACAUUUUUUUUAAUAAUUAUUGUACCACGUACAAUUCGUAAUACAAAAAUACAAAAAUUAACGUAAUAAAUAAUUCGAUUUGAUUUCACUAUAUAGUAAUAAUAAAAAAAAAUGUAUAAACUAAAAACACUAUAGUAAAGUAAUAUAGAUAAUCAUUAAAUAAAUCUUAAUAAUUAUAAAUGUAUUAUGCUUUUGAAUGUACGGUUAGAUAAAAUUAGUCUCUAUCAUCUUAAUGAUAAAUUCACUAAGUUUAAUAUAAUGAUUGACUUUGAUUCAUGAAAAAUAUUUUCAUAGUACUUAAAUAAUAAAAAUAGUAACUUUUUAUUUAAUUUUAUCAAGUUUGUACAUUUUAUGAAAUCAAAAAUAGGUAGUUCACGCCAAAGUCCCAAUAUUUACGUUUUAGUCAAAGAGCGAAUAUAUUUAUAAUAAAGUAAUAUUAAUUUAUAUGAAUAGAGUAACAAUUAAUAAUUAUUGUUGUUAUCUUAUUUUGUCUAGAAGUGUAUAUUAUCUCAUUAUACAUUUUAAAGCUUAGAGUCUCUUACCCUCGCUACGUUCCCGUGACUAUAACUUCUAUAUUAUUUGAAGUACAUAAACAUUCGUAAAUAAUUAAUAUGCAUAAUUCUGAGUAUUUUUGCGUGGUUUUUUUUUCAGAUUGAAAUAGAAGAAAAAUGUAGUAUGGUUGAAUGUUUGAGAAACCAAUUAAAAUGUAAAGAAUCAAAAAUCUAUAACAUCGAAAGCCAAUUGGAUACAUGUAAAACAACGUGCUGUCAACUACGUGAGGAAUGUACAUAUUUGAAAUCUGAAUUAGAUUGUAAAAAAACUGAGCUCGCAACCAUGAAGUCACACGCAACGAUGACGGAAGAAAAGUUAAAACUUGACAGGGAUGCAUUGUCGAAUGAAGCAAACGCUGAACGUAAGAAAGUAUACACUCUCGAGAUUGAACACAGUGAAGCCAAACGUACGAUUACAAAUAAUAAAGUGCAAAUAAAAAAAUUAGAUUCACUGAUUUUGGAAUUGCGGGAGGCCAGCGAGAAAGAUCGUUCCGAAAUUAACAACAGGAUUCAAAAAUAUAAAAAAGAACUCUGUGCCAAGGACGAAGUCCUAGGUAAUAUGAAAAAUCAAAUUGCCGAACUGCAACAUGAGAACGAUUGUAUGACGUCAGAGAUCAACUCGGUUAAAACACAAUUGAACGACACUGAAUGCAAAUUAGACAAAUUGAAACACGAAACUAACGAGAAGAUUGAACAAUUUGAGGGGGAAAAACAAUCAAUGUUCAGAGAUUUUGAAGAGAAGAAAAAGAGUGAGGUGUGCGCAUUAAAUGGUAAAAUUAAUGAUCUAGAAGAGGAGAUUUGCCGUAAUAAAGAGCAAUUGGACAAAUCGUGCUCACCCACUUCCAAUUAUUCGUCGGAUGCACCUCCUCCAACUUGUUCAUCGGGUGAUACUUGCGAAUCUUGUCAAAUUACCCCUAACAGUUGCCAAUCGCCGUCAUUGCAGUAUACACAGAUGUCAUCGAAGUGCACGUCCGGAAAUAGUUCGCAAAACAAUGACUUGAUCAACGAACUGAGACAACUGUAUUGUGGUCUACAAGAGGUCAGGCAAAGUGCUAAAAUGUGUAUGAUAAAGACUGAAUAA